AUGCGUUCUCUCCACUGGUGGCCUCUACACAGCCAAACUUCUGACGUGGCAGCUGAAGGCAUCCACAGAAUUAGACCAAAACAUGUGAAAGAUCUCAUACCUCUGAUGAUACUAAUGGUGAUAAUCUUCCUGGUGCUUCUGUUCUGGGAAAAUGAGCUGGAUGAGGAAGCAACGGCGGCCACUUUAGAGCAGUUGCAUGUGGAUUACCCUCAGAGUGACAUUCCGAUAAGGUACUGCAACCACAUGGUCAUACAAAGAGUCAUCAAGGAACCCAACAACACCUGCAAAAAAGAACAUUUCUUCAUCCAUGAGAGGCCUCGAAAUAUCAAUAGUGUUUGCAAUUCUCCCAGGAGGGUGACUUGCCAAAACUAUGCCCCCAGUCUCUGCUUCUUGAGUGAAAUCAAGUUCAAAAUGACAGUCUGUAAGCUCACUGAAGGCACCAGAUAUCCUGCCUGCAACUACCGUGUUUUCGCCACAGAGGGGUUUAUUGUUGUCACUUGUGAUGACAUGGGGCCAGCUAAAAUCCAGAGAUACACUGAAUAA